AUGACGAAGAGCGAGUCCAUCGAGGCCCUCCUAGCUCCCUCGCUGAGGGUGUCCAGACCUGUGGCUGCGUGCGCGAGAUGUCGCUCUGCGAAGAUCAAAUGCGACGGAAAACUGCCCGCUUGUUCUGCCUGUGAGAGAUCUGGUAAAGCAACCAGUUGCACAAGCGCCAACGAUGAAUUUGCGCGGGGCAAGGAAAGAAGCUAUGUCGCAGCCCUCGAAGCUGCUGCUCAACGGCUACAGAAAAAGAUCGAUGCUGCGCGAGCGGAGGCUGCCAGUCAAACGACGCUGUCUAGCACGCACUUGACGACGGGGCGACCCCCCCAGCGACGAAAGAUAAGCGGCGCUCGCCGAAAAGAGGCUUCGGAUGUUGAUGAGCUGGUCAGUGACUUUGGCUUCCUCACUGUCAACGCUACCUCGCGCGAUUUCCAUGGGUUUACCUCGACCAUGUCAUUUGCGAAGCUUCUCCUCUCGGCGGCGGCAAGAGAAGAGCUACCUCCUCUUGAAUCGCGAGGGCUGCCCCCUCGAUACGCCAUCACUCCCAUGAUCAAUCAAUACCUUGAAAACAUAUUUGUCCUCUUCCCCUUCUUCUCCGAAACAGACUUGAUGUCUAGCUUGUCUCGCAUCUAUCACGAGUCUUCUGCGAUCUCAUCGACUGUUACCCCCUUGGACGUGUGGUAUGUACGCCUGAUUCUGGCCAUUGCCUAUGCCUCGAGCUCGCAACGGAAAGGAGACGAGAAUGACAAGACAGCGCUACAACACAUGUCGGCAGCUAGAGGACUUGCUUGCUACGUAUUACAUCCUGGAUCCAUUGCUGGAGUGCAGGCUCUCCUCCUUCUGGUACAGUACUCACUGGUAGACCCAGCACACUAUGAUCCCUGGUACCUCGUAGGUAUGGCAGCUCGCCUCAUGGUCGAUCUGGGGCUGCACUGCGAGCCACCUCCAGAGACGAAGAUCAGCAAGAAUGAAUUGGACCUGCGACGAAGGAUAUUCCAUUGUGUUUACGCUUUGGACCGCCUGGUCAGUAUGUCUCUUGAUCGGGCAUUCUCAUUCACCGACGAUUCCGCUUCCGAGGUGCCUCUACCAGAAUCAGCGUCGGAGUCAUCCCAAUCUCCGGUUUUCCAACGUUCAAUCAGGCCAUGCCUCUAUAUGUUUGACAUUCGCCGCGUUCAGUCUAGCUUCUAUCAGAGCACAAGAUGGUCUUCCCGGUCUCAAUGGCCUCUGGCAACGGCGGCUACCUAUGCCAGCUCUGUAUCCAACGAUAUCCACGCUUGGUAUUCCACCAUCCCCACGACACUAUCACAGCGCCAUUUGAUGCUCUUCAAUGUUGAAAGGCUGUAUUGUCAAAUCCUGGUAGUCUCGCCCAACCAGCGUGUCCCUGCACGCAGUAUGACGGAUCUCAACAAAGAGCUCGUGUUCGAGUACUCAGCCCAAUACGCGGAUCUUCUGCAACCGAUCACGCAGGACGUGGGCUGGCACGCGUACCUGACAUUCGCGGAUAUCAGUCGAGCAAAAUACGUGGGACAGAAGUUUGUGGAAGUGAUGUGGUCGGAUUUCGAUCGGCUCAUCAAGACGACCCAUGCUAUUCGCGAAGGCUCGCCUCUCGCCAACAGUGUUCCUCUAGAUAAUGGUCAGCGGGCGACAAUUUGCCUCCAGAAGAUCAUUGAGAUUCUUGACUAUGCACGGCACCGGUGGUCUAUGCCAGAAAUGCGCGAGAAGUUCGAACAAGAAUCGGCCGUUCUCUUCUCACGACUGAAAAGCAGACAGCUGGAGAUGGGCGCAGCGCAGUACACCAACACGGCCCAUGUCAAUGCUUCAACGACCGCUGGCAUUGGGUAUAACAGUGUGGCAAGCAACAUCUAUCCAGCUACGAAUGCCUAUCCAUAUGAAGGGUCUCAACUGCCGAGCCCUCCAAUCAAUCACGACCCUGUCCAACCUGAUAUGCAGCAACAAUCGAUGUUGACCCCACCAGAAGACUAUCACAUGCCCCCAAUGUAUCCGAUGCCACCUGGAUCCCUGCCUCGGCGGAGCUAUGAGUUUUACGGCGGACGCAGUUGA